AUGGAGAAGUUCAUGAAGACAAAUGGUCUCAGGCAAGCACAAGUGGCUAUAACAUCGAAGGGUGUAAUCAUGGCUGAGCGCGCCUAUACAUGGGCCGAAGAUGACCGCGUGAGUAAGGUGUUCACUGCUGCUGCCAUUGACCACCUCAUAAAGCGCGGCAAACUCUCCAUUCGGACAAAGGUCUAUAAGCGAAUAGGCUAUUCCGCAAAGGACGAGCGGGCCAUGAGUAUCUCUGUCAAACAUCUGCUCGAACAUAAGGGAGGAUAUGACCGACGUGAAGCUAGCGAGGAUAUCUCAGUAGACUUCAACAAAGAAUAUCUUUCGAAGCUUGGGUAUAGAGCUGUACAAGACUUCGCCAUACGAACACUGGCAUGA